AUGGACGACGCCAAGCGAGCGGCCGACGUCUGCGCCGAGAUCCGCGCCCGCGUGCUCGCCGGUCCCGACGGCCACGAGGCCAAGCUGCUGCUGCUUGCCAGCCUCUUGCACCGCCAUGGCCUCAUCUCCAGCAUAGGCAAGUCGCUGCUCAAAGAGCUCCUCUUCCAGCACGACGUCCGGGGACGGCAGCUCGUCGAUGCGAUUGUGGCCGAAGAAGUCUCGGGCAACGCAGAACCUGCGUGGCGCACGCGCACCCGCAAGCUCAUCGACAUUGAGACGUUCAAGCUCUUUGACUCUCUGUAUCUCGACUGCCCGCUCGAGAAAGGCAAGGACAUCUCACGCAAGGACCGCGAAGAGCAGGAGCUCCUGCAUGAAAAGUCGCUUGUCUACGGCGAGGUCGACUACCAUGCGUUCCUCGACGUCCUCUCCCGCGUGCCCAUCCGCCCUGGCGACACCUUUUACGAUCUUGGCAGCGGUACCGGCCGCGCCGUCUUCCUCGCGCGCCUCAACUUUGAUUUCGCCAAGUGCGUUGGCAUCGAGCUCCUCCAAGGCCUCCACGAGGCGGCGGCCGAAAUCUGCCGCAACUACACCGAGUUUGUCCAGCCCACGAUCUCGACAACGUCGCCGCAGCUCGCGGUGGCCUUCUUCCACAGCUCGUUCCUGGACCUCGACUGGUCGCACGCAGACGUGUGCUUUGCCAACUCGACUUGCUUUGACGCGUUGCUGCUGCAACGCAUGUCGGCGCAGGCCGAGCGGCUUCGUCCCGGCGCCUACUUGAUCACGUUCACAAAGCCGCUCGACUCGACGGCCUUUGACAUCAUCUUCAAGCAGCGCUACAGCAUGAGCUGGGGGCCCGCGACCGUCUACCUCCACCAGCGCCUCUAA